AUGGAGGAGGAGAUGGACUUCAACGCCAGCGGCGACAUGCCUACGGACAUCCCGAUGGGAGGGGAUGAGGAGGACGAAGCUGCGUACGCUCCGCAGACGGAAGGAGAGGAGAAGGAUCUGACGAGCGAUGGCGGAGUGAAGAAGCUGCUUGUGAAGGCCGGCGACGGCUGGGACAAGCCCGAGGCUGGAGAUGAGGUGUCAGUCCACUACACCGGAACCCUUCUGGACGGAACCAAGUUCGAUUCGAGCGUGGACAGAGGAGAGCCGUUCAAUUUCAAGCUGGGACAAGGCCAGGUCAUUAAGGGAUGGGAUAAGGGUAUCGCAUCCAUGAAGAAAGGCGAAAAAUCCGUGUUUACAAUCAAACCCGAAUACGCUUAUGGCGAGGCUGGCUCUCCGCCGACCAUCCCUGCGAACGCGACGCUGAAAUUCGAGGUGGAGCUGCUGUCGUGGAUCAGCGUGAAGGACAUCUGCGGCGAUGGCGGCGUGUUCAAGAAGAUUCUCGUGGAGGGCAAGAAGUGGGAGACUCCCAAAGACAUGGACAAGGUCACAGUGAAGUACGAGGUGCGGUUACACGAUGGCAUGUUGGUAACCAAGACGGGCGACGACGGCGAGCAGUUCUACCUCAAGGACGGCCACUUCUGCGCGGCUCUCCCGCGUGCAAUCAAGACGAUGCACCAGGGGGAGAAGGUCCUGCUCACUGUGAAGCCACAGUACGGUUUUGGAGAAGCCGGCCGUCCAGAGACUGACGGCCAGCCGGCAAUCCCGCCAAACGAGACGCUGAGCAUUGACCUGGAGUUGGUGGCGUGGAGAAAGGUGGAGAAGGUUACAGAGGACGGGAAGGUCAUGAAGGAGGAGAUUGAAGCCGGGGAGGGGUACGAGCGACCCAAUGACGAGUCGGUUGUGAAAGUGCGCUACACUCUGCGCCUAGAGGAUGGGACAGUGGUGGAGGAGAAGGGCAUGGGCGAUGGGGAGGAGCCGUUUGAGUUCACCACGGAUGAAGAGCAAGUCGUGCCUGGGCUGGACAAGGCAGUGAUGAAAAUGAAGAAGGGAGAACUCGCAACCGUCACCAUUGCCCCAGAAUACGCCUACGGCUCUGAGGAAAAGACCCUGGAAAAAGGCACAGUCCCGGCCAACUCUACCUUGGUCUAUGAGCUUCGGCUGGUGGAGUUUGUCAAGGAUAAGGAGUCCUGGGAGCUUGGGGAUGAGGAGAAGGUCGCGCAUGCAGCGAAGAAAAAGGAGGAGGGUAAUGUUCUCUUCAAGUCCGGAAAAUACGUCCGGGCAGCAAAAAAAUACUCCAAGGCGAUGAAGCUGAUCGAGUACGACACGCAGUUCAAAGACGAGGAGAAGAAGGCGUGCAAGGUGCUGAAAGUCUCCUGCGGGUUGAAUGAGGCAGCUUGCCAGCUGAAGCUGAAGGAUUUCCCGGCGGCAGUGAAGCUGACGAGUAAGGUGCUGGAGCUGGAGGGGUCGAACGUGAAGGCGCUCUAUCGGAGGGCCCAGGCGUAUAUGGGGACUGAGGACUAUGACCUGGCGGAGUGGGACGUCAAGAAGGCUCUUGAUCUCGACCCUGAGAACAGGGACCUGAAGCUAGAGUAUCGGCAGCUGAAGCGCAAGAUUGCAGAGCAGAACCAGAAGGAGAAGAAGAUUUAUGGCAACCUGUUUGCACGGCUGCAUAAACUUGAGGAGAAGGAGGCUUCCUCUGCUCGCCCGAACCACCAACAUCCUUUCUCCUUCCCCUUGCCCUCUCCACCCUCCCUCCCCCUCCUCCCUUCCCCCGCCGCACCCAUCCCCCCUCCCCGUCCCGCCUUUCCCCCCCCCCUCCCCCACACCUUUUUCCCUUUUCAGUCGCGAGCCAUCAUCGAUGCUUUCCCCGACGUCCCCACUCUUGUCAACUUCGGGUUCCCCGACCACCUCUGCGGCACAUGGCACCACAACUACACUCGCAUGCACCACCAGGGCCUGCAUGCGGCCUUCAUGUUUCCUUCGCGAGCCAUCAUAGAUGCUUUCCCCGACGUCCCCACUCUCGUCAACUUCGGAUUCCCCGACCAUCUGUGCGGCACAUGGCACCACAACUACACUCGCAUGCACCAGCAAAUCCGGGCAGCCAGCAAAAGUCCCUCCUCUGCCCCGCCGCCCGACACGCCGCCCGUGAAAUUUCUCACCUUUGACGGCCUCAGCCACUGCGACAGCCUCGGGGAGACCCUCAUGGGGCUGACGUCAGCGUUCACUGUAGCUCUCCUCACUAACAGGGCCUUCGUUAUAAAGCACCCGUGCAUCCCCAUGGCUUUUGAACCGGCGCUGAUCGACUGGCAGCCCACAGAAGACGUUGGAUUCGAGCCGAGACCUGCUGGUGCAUAUGCUGAAGGAUGUGAAGGGAUCGGCAUGGAAAGACAGACUCACAGAGAUGGGCAUCAGUAUUCCGUAUUCGUUCGGCUGCUUGGUGCGAUACCUGCUAAGUUCCUUCUUUCCCUUUCAUUUUUCUUUAUCCUUGUCAGUUUCCUCUUUCCUUGUCAAUUUCGCCUAUCCUUUUCCAUUUCCCCAUCGUCUCUCCUCUCCAGGCCCAAGCCGGAGGUGUGGCACAGGAUGCAGCCGUUUGAGAAGCAGCUGAGGGGCGACAAGGUGGUGAGCAUCGGCAUGCAUGUGAGACAGUUCGGUCAAGGCCCCGCCCGGCCCAACGCCACCGUCAGCCCGGAGGAGCUGCAGCGAGGCAUGAACGACUCUGUGCGACCUGCAUUUCAGUGCGCUGAGGUGAGGGUCUCUUACUGGGGGAGGGCAUGCACGUGA